AUGCGAGGCUUUUGCCCAAAUGAUCACCCGCCUCCGUGGGAUGUCGCACUUAUCAUGUAUCUGCACAUGCUGUCACCCUCUCGCUUUCAUCACUAUAUCUACGAUAACCGUAACCGCAACUUCAAUGGCAUCUUUGGCCUAGAACAUCGGCAUUUCCCUAUGACUAAGCUGCUGGCUGGUGAAUGGUGUCCCAGACGAACAAAGAAAGCCUGGGAUGAGUGUAGUAAGAUGAGUUCGCCCGGCUCCGAGUGCCGUGGCUCUAACUUACCGUAUCAACUAUGGCCCUCUGCACCAUGGAAGCCGAAAAGAUUCUCCAUUCUGGGAAGCAAGGCAGAUCGGCCACCAUGUUCCGAUCUUAAAUGGAUCACCCCGACUGGUAAAAAGCUCGAAGAUGUACCCAAAGACCAACAAGGCAAAGUCAUCCUGAUGCAUCAAUGGGAUCGGUGUCGUACAAGUGUGCACGAGCAAGGCUACAAGGUCUGGGACCUCCAGUCAUACGCGGCGAUACGAACUUGCAGGGUAGAGGAAAGAUGCAGGAGUCAAAGUCAGCAUGAACAGUUCAACGAGACAUGCAUGCUGAAGCCAUGGCCAUGUUUGCAGGAUCUUCGAGCGGACCUUGAGCAACAAGUGUCUUUCUGGAAGGUUAUACAACGAGCGAAGAAUUCGGUACCUAGGUUUGUGGACAGUCUCAAGAAUUCGGUAGUCGACUACGAAGACUUUCUAGGUCUUCUGGGUAGUGUGCUUCCAAAGAGUGAGACGGAUGGCUCAUACAAGUCAAAGCUUGACCCAAAGACAGCAAAGCCAUCUCGUCACCCAAGCUCACGACCCUCUCGAAUCAUUUCCCCAACACUUGAGAUCGAUCUGCUAUGGCAGACUCAUCGCUUAUUCCCAGCGAGUUACUGGGUUUGGUCGGCUGAGAAGGCAGACUGGGUGCUCGAUAGAGAACGCACCGCAAAUACCCAGGCGGCAGGUACACUGCUUCAACAUACAAGACAAUUAUGGAAAUCGAAGUAUACUACCGAGUUGCGAAGAGGAGUGUCAGUGGAGGAGACCUUGACGGAGUACGUGCCUGACACAGUGAAGCAUGCUGCUGCCAACGUGGAGAAGACUGAUCUAAGAACUCUGCUCUUGGGUCGUGAUGCACGGAAACAGAGACGGGUUAUUAGAAGGGGUCGAGGGGACGAUAUAUCUGGCGGUGGAGGAGCGGGUGAUUAUGGAGGGUCUGGGGGUUGUGAUGGAGGCGGCGGUGGUGACGGUGGCGGAGGCGGCGAAUAG